ACGUCAUAGCGUGAUUGCUUUCAGGAAAAACAUAUAUCCAACUCGAGGGAGCGGCGGUAACUAUGUCUAACUCUGACCGACGGAAAAACUCAUUGUCGACAUCAUUUAAGUACAAUUUCGUCUACAUUUCAUAAGUAACUGGCCACUAAGCAAGGACAUUCAACACGAAAAUUUCUCCCCGAUGACAAACGCAGUAUGAUUCACAGCAUAGCAACUGAGAAACUGUAAAUUUACGUGCUGCAUCGUGCUCUUGGCGACUAGGUUGUCUAACAAUCCCAUUAUUAUGGGUUCUGGUGUAUCAAAGAAUUCAAGAAAUCUUAAUGUAGUACCUCGACAACCUCAAAUAGACAUGGCUGUGGACAGACCGCCGACAUCUGAUUUGAAGCCCAAAGUUGUUCAAGACCGGCCCGGACAGGAUCACGGCCAUACGUCAAGUGUAAACAAGGAGCACAAGAACGAAGAACGAAGUGAGAGGAUUUCACUGGAUGAGUGGGAAGUCUUACUUAAAUACACGCACAGCUUCCCAGAGCUACAAGAUGACCUUCAAAUGAUGUUAACUCCUCUACAAGGUUUAAGAAAAGCCGUAGACGACAAAUCCAAGGGACAUAUAAUUCAAUAUUCUAAGCUGAUAAAAGUACUCAAAGAGUUGUUUAAAAAAAGUUGCAGCACACCGUCGGCAGGGACGAACGACGUCGAAAAAUACAAUACAUUUAUGGAGUUUAUAAUUGAAGUCGAAGGAGCAACAGUGCUGCAUAACUUCAUGAAAAACUGUUUCAAAGAUUACUAUACUGAUGGAACAGACGACGAAUCGGAGACAAGUGACCAAGAGGAGACUUUUACUUGCCUUUAUCUCGCAAUGUCAACAAUACACAACUUUGCUGAUUUCCAUGAUGGUUUUUGCUUGGCGAGCGCUCAAGAUGGAGUUGUACUCACUUGCAUGGAGAAUAUAGAGAGGAUCGAUCAAGAAAAUGACGACUGGCAAAGCGAAGAUGAAGAAUAUGAAAUAAUACAAAUACUAGAAGGGUUCACCGGGAUUUUGUACAACAUUUCUCGACGGCUAAGAGAUCGCCAAUGGUUUGCUAACAGUGACGAGACUUUACUCUAUUUUGCAAAGGUUCAAGUGACUAGUAUCGCUGUCUCGGCCUUGUUGUGCCUGGCGUACCUUGUUAAUGAAGAAACUAAUCAUUUAAUCUCCGCCGACAAAGACUUGCUUCGCUUCAUUACAACAAUGUUAGACGAAGCUUGGGAAGGAGAAGACCGUCGAAGCAACGGAUUCUCCGCUAAGGAACUUGCAGAAGGACUCAGUCAUUUGGCAAUUAACGACAACAAUAAGAAAAUUCUUGGAAGCGAAGGGGCAAUAAGAGUCUUAACGUCAACACUCGAGACCUCGAGCGACGACGAGGAACAAGCGAGUGCCGCAAAGGCAUUAUGGAUGCUGGCUUUCGACGACUCUAACAAGGAUAUCAUUCGAGAGGGAAAUGGAACCGUGGACAUCUUACACAAAUUACACCACAGUCAAAACGCUGAAGUGCAAAAGGUAGCCGCUGGAGCAUUGUGGGAGAUUGAAGGAAAGACAGCAAGAGAUAAAGCCGAAAAGAUGAAAGAGGGGUCUGGAAACCACGUGAUGAUUAGCUACCAAUGGGAUGCUCAGGAAGUCUUGGUUCAAGUCAAAAAUCAACUUCAGGCAAAUGGAUACAGAGUGUGGAUGGAUCUGGAGCAAAUGGGUGGGUCCACAUUAGAGACAAUGGCCAAAGCUGUGGAGAAUGCAGCUGUUGUACUGAUCUGCGUAUCACAAAGAUACAAAGAAAGUCCCAACUGUCGUUCAGAGGCCGAGUAUGCCUAUCAGCUAAGAAAAGACAUCAUUCCUUUGAUGAUGCAGAAAAAUUACAAAGCAGAUGGCUGGCUAGGAAUGCUGUUGGGAACGAAAAUGUGGAUUGACUUUCAGAGUAAGCAUACCAUCGAUUCUGGGGUGACAAAACUGGUCAAAGAAUUAGCGGGAAGAGGAAAAGAUGUGGAUCACACAGACGGCCCCCCAGAGGCGGUGAUUCGAACAACUGAGGCUACGACUCUAACAAAACAGCCCUCUGGUCCAGAUGUAGCCGGAUGGACAAAUGAGGACGUGAAGAGAUGGCUGAAGAAAAUUGGAUUGGCACAGGUGUGUGACAAAGACAUGGCUGAAUUCACAGGACAAACAUUGAUUGAACUUCAAGAGCUCCGAGGAGAAUGCCCAGAUUAUUUUUACAAGUGUCUCGAGCACACACUUCAGCUUAAAAACAUGUUUCAUGUUCUCAAGUUCAGAAAGGAGUUAGACAAACUGCUGGGAAAUUCUGAAGAACUUUUCCAAGGGAAUAUUGCUCUUAAGCCGUGCCCAUACUCCAAAGAUUUCGUGACUCGUUUAGUACUGCAUCAUGAGCUGGCUCAAGGCUUGGACACGGAUAAAAUCAACCCUUACAUAGAGAAAUGCUUUGGAUUGAAGAAACCGCUGAUUACCACAUAUGGCUUUGAGCAUACGUACAGGACGCUUUCUACAUUGGAAACUGCUGGCUUGCUAAGAGCGCAGACGCAGCCGUCUCGAUCUUACAAUCAAUUGCGCAAGUCAAUGAAGCUUGUCGUGGAAGAUGUCCAAGAGCAGAACCCAAACGACAUCGCAUACGUCUUUUCAGGAUACGCGCCGCUCACUGUCCGGCUGGCGCAGUUUCUGGCGCGGCCGCAGGGCUGGAGAGGACUUGAAGAGAGAAAGUCUAACUUUACGUGCUGCAUCGUGCUCUUGGCGAUUAGGUUGUCUAACAAUUCAGUUAUUAUGGGUUCUGGUGGAUCAAAGAAAUCUAGAAAUCUUAAUGUAGUACCUCGACAGCCUCAAAUGGACACGGCUGUGAACAGACCGCCAAUAUCUGAUUUGAAGCCCAAAGUUGUUCAACACCGGCCAGCACAAGAUCAUGGCCAUACGUCAAGUGUAAACAAGGAGCACAAGAACGAAGAACGAAGUGAGAUGAUUUCACUGGAUGAGUGGGAAGUCUUACUUAAAUACACGCACAGCUUCCCAGAGCUACAAGAUGACCUUCAAACGAUGUUAACCCCUCUACAAGGUUUGAGAAAAGCCGUAGACGACAAAUCCAAGGGACAUAUAAUUCAAUAUUCUAGGCUGGGAGGAACAAUUGUAGAGUUGGCUGAAAAAAGCUACAGCACAUAUACAUCAGCAGGGACGAACGACUCAGAAAAAUUCAGCACACUUAUGGAGUUUAUAAUUGAAGUCGAAGGAGCAACAGUGUUGCAUAGCUUCGUGAAAAACUGUUUCAAAGAUUACUAUACUGAUGGAACAGACGACGAAUUGAGAACAAGUGACCAAGAGGAGACUUUCACUUGCUUUGACAGCCUUUUAUUCGCACUGUCAAUAAUACAAAACUUUGCUGAUUUCCACGAUGGUUUUUGCUUGGCGAGCGCUCAAGAUGGAGUUGUACUAACUUGCAUGGAGAAUAUCAAGAGGAUCGAUCAAGAGAAUGAUGACUGGCAAAGCGAAGAUGAAGGAUCUGAAACAUUUCUCAUACUUGACGCGUGCACCGGCAUUUUGCACAACAUUUCUCGCCGACUGAGAGAUCGCCAAUGGUUUGCUAACAGUGACGAGACUUUACUUUAUUUUGCAAAGGUUAAAGUGGCAAGUAUUGCUACCUCGGCCUUGUUGUGCCUGGCGUACCUUGUUAAUGAAGAAACUAAUCAUCUAAUCUCCGCCGAAAAAGACUUGCUUCGCUUCAUUAUAACAAUGUUAGACGAAGCUUGGAAUGCAGAAGACCGCCGAAGCAACGGAUUCUCCGCUAAGGAACUUGCAGAAGGACUCAGUCAUUUGGCAAUUAACGACAACAACAAGCAAAUUCUUGGAUGCGAAGGGGCAAUAAGAGUUUUAACGUCAACACUCCAGACCUCAAGCGACGACGAGGAACGAGCGAGUGCGGUUAAAGCAUUGUGGAUGCUGGCUUUCGACGACUCUAACAAGGAUAUCAUUCGAGAGGGAGACGGAACCGUGGACAUCUUACGCACAUUACACCACAGUCAAAACGCUGAAGUGCAAAAGGUAGCCGCUGGAGCAUUGUGGGAGAUUGAAGGAAAGACAGCAAGAGACAAAGCCGACAAGACAAAAGAGGGGUCUGGAAACCACGUGAUGAUUAGCUACCAAUGGGAUGCUCAGGAUGUCUUGGUUCAAGUCAAAAAUCAACUUCAGGCUAAUGGAUACAGAGUUUGGAUGGACCUGGAGCAGAUGGGUGGGUCCACACUGGACGCAAUGGCCAAAGCUGUCGAGAACGCUGCUGUUGUAUUGAUCUGCGUGUCACAACGAUACAAAGAGAGUCCCAACUGUCGUUCAGAGGCCGAGUACGCCUACCAGUUAAGAAAAGACAUCAUUCCUUUGAUGAUGCAGAAAAAUUACAAAGCGGAUGGCUGGCUAGGAAUGCUGUUGGGAACGAAACUGUGGAUUGGCUUUCAGAGUAAGCAUACCAUUGAUUCUGGUGUGGCAAAACUGGUCAGAGAAUUAGCGGGAAGAGGAAAAGAUGUGGAUCACACAGACGGGCCCCCAGAGGCGAUGAUUCGAACAACCGAGGCCACGACUCUAACAAAACAGCCCUCUGGUCCAGAUGUAGCCGGAUGGACAAAUAAGGACGUGAAAAAAUGGCUGAAGAAAAUUGGAUUGGCACAGGUGUGUGACAAAGACAUGGCUGAAUUCACAGGACAAACAUUGAUUGAACUUCAAGAGCUCCGAGGAGAAUGCCCAGAUUAUUUUUACAAAUGUCUUGAACACACACUUCAGCUUAAGAACAUGUUUCAUGUACUCAAGUUUAGAAAGGAGUUGGACAAACUGCUGGGAAAUUAAAUGCGACUGGCAGAAUACGCAAUUCUUCUCGUUCGCCCAGUUAUGGAACAGUUGCGUGUUGGGUGUCGCACAAUUCUUUACAUUGAAGAGCAGAGCUCGUGUAUGACCAUGUAGUUCUGGACUGUAAAGAAGACUCGCUCACCAAACGGACACGCUUUCACAUGAAUAAAUUUAGACAAAAUGACCCAGUGUACCCCGAGAAUAGACUCUUGUUUUUACUCACAAUUUGUUUUCAGUCAGUUCGCUAAGGACGUAAAUUCAGAUGGAAUAAGUCGGUGGUUGAAAAAC